UAUCUACAUUGUAUCCGUGUACCUCCAAGUGUGAAAGAACUCUCUGUGAAACUAUAAUAUUCAAAUCGAAAAAAUAUUUCUUCGGUGUAUUUAAAAAUUUUUCAUUUUUCUGUGUUCACUGUUAAAUAGAAAAUAUAAUUCAUCGAAAUAAUGUCCUCGAUAGAAAAACAUUCGAAAUCUGUGUCGAAUAUGAUCGACAGGAUUGACUCGAAUAAAAACGAAACAAGAAAUUAUAGAACGUGUUAUUCGUCCGACGAUUUAGAUUCAGAGAAAAACAUUGAAAGCAGUCCUUCGGUUAACACAGGAAAAUCGAAAAAUUUUGUAAUGAAAUUAAUCGGGAACUUCGAAAAAAGAAACAAUAAAAGUAGUGAUCAUAUAAAGAAUACAAAUACAAAAUUUUUACGAAGAUCUUUCAUGAGAAUUCCGUUACCAAGGAUCAAUUCGUAUUAUCGCAAUACACAUAACAAUUUUAAUCUGCCAGAACCGAUAUUGGAUAAUAAAAAUGAGAGAUUAUCAAACGUGAAAAAUAUUCGAUCGGAAAUAUACCUAAAAACGUUUGAGAAUGAUAUUACAACCGUUAACGAUUCUAAUUUACUUACCGAAUCAUCGUCAUCUAAUCUCCGAUUGGUCGAUAAUAACGCCAAAGAAAAAUGGACGACUACGAACAAACGAUGGAGCGAUACUAUAAACGAAGAAAAAAUCAAUCAAAAGAAAUCUGUCAAAGGAGUUUUAAGUUAUUUGAUCAGAUGGAGAAAACAUAGCGAUGAAAAAAGAUCUCAACGUUCUCGAUCUUGUGAUAAAUCAGAAAUGCAUUAUGAUAUAUUGUCUUCUGCACCAAUUAUACCAAGAGCACGUUCUUUACAAACUGUUGUUAUUAAUAAUACUAAGGAUAAAAAUAAUACAAAUUUAAAUCGAAGUGCAACGAUUCGACCGUUUUAUGGUAUUAAAAGAAAUCAGAUGGCAUCAAAGAAAUUUCUCGAAUCCUUUCAUUCGAUAAAGAUAAAUCCCCGUAAGGAAGAUUCCGGUUAUGGUUCUGGAACAUUGUCGAUCGGAGAAUCCAACGAAAAUCUUGUCAAACCGUCGGCGGUUCGAGAAAUGUCUAAAAAGCUUACGUUUAUACCUGAACAACAUCAACAUCAACAAACUUGUAAUCAAAAAAACCAUAUAGAUCUUUAUAGACAAGUUUUAAGUCAUUGCAAGAGAGAUAGGAAUUCUUACCAAAGAAAAUCCUUUGUCCAUGACGAGUUAAAUGAAGCCGUAAAGAAAAGAUUUAAUGAUAUAUCGAAUGAAAAUAUUAUUUAUACUCAGUCGAUAAAUCAUAAAUUAAAACACGAUUACUCGUCGGUAUACAUUAACAAAAUCCCUGUUAAUACGGAAUAUGAAAAUACUCUGAAUAUUUCUCGUCCUUUGCAAUCAGAUCAAUUAUAGAAAUCCUUAACUAAGAAAAAAAAAAAGAAAAAAGAAAAAAAAAGAAGAAAUAUAUAUAUAUUAUGCAUGUAAAUAACAAACAUAAUACGAUUUAAUAUUUUAAGAAACAACAAACAGUAUUAUAGAGACAUUUAUUAUCUACAUACAUACAUAUAUCUGAAUCGGAUGAAAAAUUCAUCUCUGUUUUCUUUUUUUUAAAAUACUUUGACAAAAUUAUUCUAUUUAAACAAGUGACACACAUUGUAUGUAAAUAUCGCGACGAAUUUCACGUACGACUAAUCACGUUAGAAAGUAUUCUAACCUAUCAUUAUAUUGGUAAAAAUUAUCGAAUUUUGUAUUACAGGUAUUUUUUAACAUGUUAUAUAACUUUUAACAUUAAAUUAUUUUUUUGUUAUUUUAUUCUGGAAUGUCUGAACUCGUAAGACAUGUGUAAUUAAACAUACGUAAUUCUUGGAUUUUCUUAUUAAUUUUGUAAUAAUUUAAAAUAUAAAAUAAAAUAAAAUAUAACUCUAUUGAUAAA